UACUUUUGUGGAGGCAGAAAGAAAUCGUUCAAUGACAAUUAAUGCCUAUGAAGGUCAGGUUUGUUUUUACUAGACGAACUGAAAGAGAGAAACAAUCCCACGGUUAACCUCAGGACUGCCGUAUGUAUAAAGAAAAUAUGUUGACAUGUUAUCUAACGUCAAAGCUUUGUGAAUUAGAAAUAAAGUGUCCAAAACAGUCCGCCAAUCCGCGCUCGUGUUGAAGACAGACAUGAUGACGUCAGCGGCGCCUUGCUCCAGACGCUCGUGUCCGCGCAACCGUGAACGAGCCCGAGAGGAAGAAAAACUCUAGCACGCUGGCAAACGGGGUCACGAACUAUGACCUUUCACUGGAGUAAAACAAUAACAAAUAAUGUGCAAUAAACCCGAGAGCAAAAAACACACGUCCGUUCAUAUCACAGGUGGAGGUGUUGUUGACAGAUGCAGAACUGGUCCAGUCAGACACUUCUAAUGACCUCACAUCACCAUGACAACCAAUAUGGAGGUGCUGGCUCAGCAGAUAUUGACCACUGAGCAGGUUUCAGAGAAUUCAGAAGAAGGAAAUAACUAGCCAUCCAGUCUUUGAUGAUAUCACAAAUAUCCUCUGCUAACCUGGCGACUUGAGAGGAUUCGUCAGGUCUAGAGGAAAUAUAAAGUACAGUCAUCUCCGUCAGACAGCUCAGUGAUGAGCACCUCUCCCCAGCGCAUUCAGAUCAUCUCCACUGACCCCUCCGUCACGACCCCGCAGAGAAUACAGAUAGUCACUGAGCAGCAGACGGGGCAAAAAAUUCAGAUAGUGACGGCACUGGACUCCACCGUGCCCAAACAGCAAUUUAUCCUGGCAGCACCCGAUGGCUCUUCAGCAGGCAAAGUCCUCCUGGCAUCACCUGAGAGUACUAGUGCCAAACAGCUCAUCUUUGCCACUGCUGACAGCCUGGUGCCCGGCCGAAUUCAGCUGAUAUGUGAUGGGAAAAGGGAGAAGAAUGAGUUUGGAAAAACUCAGGAUGGAUUCGAACUUGCGUCAAAAGUUAGUGUUACCCGUCUUACUCUUCACGCCACUGAUCCUGUUAUCAGUGGGAUUUCUUUUGUAACUUUGUCUGACUCACUCAGACCGUUGGUGGGUGGAGUUACUAUAAAUAGCAUCUGCCAACAAGGCGGGACACACCGUUUUGAUAAUCUGGUCAUUUAUUUUUCAUCCCCGUUUUAUCCCCGCUUCUGGUCAGACUGGAUGCAUUUCCCAUUUCCGACAGUAGAUGAUGCAAGUUUCCCUACCAGCAUACUAAGACAUGCGUUACAGAUUUUUUUCCCAAGUGGAACGUUUGUGACAGAUGCAGUGUCAGUGGAGAGGCUUCUGGGUAAAGGGGCAGACAUGAGCCGAGCCCAGCCUAUAGAAUACUGCGUGGUGUGUGGAGAUAAAGCCUCAGGGAGGCAUUAUGGGGCAGUCAGCUGUGAAGGCUGUAAGGGCUUCUUCAAGCGAAGUGUGCGCAAGAGUCUGACAUACAGCUGCCGCAGUAACCAGGACUGUGUGGUCAACAAACACCAUCGCAACCGCUGCCAGUUCUGCCGUCUCAGGAAAUGCUUGGAGAUGGGCAUGAAGAUGGAGUCUGUACAGAGUGAGAGGAAACCCAUUGAUCUUCCCAGAGAAAAACCUGCCAACUGUGCUGCAUCCACUGAGAAAAUCUACAUCAGGAAAGACCUGCGAAGUCCCCUCAUUGCAACACCAACCUUUAUCACUGAGAAAGAUGCUUCACGGUCCAGGCUGUUGGACUCUGGGAUGCUUGUCAACAUCCAACAACCCUUAAUACAGGCUGAUGGCACAUUACUAUUAGCAACUGACAAGGCAGAGUCAGGACAGGGUGAUCUGGGGACACUGGCUAAUGUGGUUACAUCAUUAGCCAACCUGAACGACUCGCUUAGUAAUGGAGAAACAACAGACGAUCAGAUGGAGGAAUCACCCAGUGAAAUCACACGUGCCUUUGACACGCUGGCUAAAGCUCUGAACCCCAGUGAGGCGGCGGAGGGGCGGAGCUUGUCGGAAGUGGACGGGGUGGGUGGAGCUACUAUACAGGUGAUCAGCAGGGAUCAAAUUACACCGCUCAUAGAAGUCGAGGGACCUCUGCUUACAGACACACACGUCAGCUUUAAGUUGACGAUGCCAAGCCCAAUGCCUGAGUAUCUGAAUGUGCAUUAUAUCUGUGAGUCUGCGUCACGGCUUCUCUUCCUCUCCAUGCACUGGGCGCGCUCUAUCCCAGCAUUCCUUGCUCUUGGGCAGGAGUGUAACACGGCUCUGGUACGAGCAUGCUGGAAUGAGUUGUUUAUUCUGGGUCUGGCGCAGUGUGCUCAGAUCAUGAGCCUGUCCACCAUUCUCGCUGCCAUCGUCAAUCAUCUGCAGUCCAGUAUCCAGGACGUAGACAAGCUAUCGAGUGAACGCAUUAAACUAGUCAUGGAGCACAUAUGGAAGCUGCAGGAGUUCUGCAACAGCAUGGCAAAGCUACAGACGGACGGAUAUGAGUACGCCUACUUAAAAGCCAUUGUCCUCUUCAGUCCAGAUCAUCCAGGUUUGAGUAGCUGUAGCCAGAUUGAAAAGUUCCAGGAAAAAGCGCAGAUGGAGCUUCAGGACUAUGUGCAAAAGACCUAUCCCGAAGAUACCUACAGGUUGGCCCGAAUCCUGUUGCGUUUACCAGCGCUGCGGUCGAUGAGUUCCAAUAUAACUGAGGAGCUGUUUUUCACCGGCCUUAUUGGCAAUGUACCGAUCGACAGUAUCAUCCCAUAUAUCCUUAAAAUGGAGACUGCAGACUACAACAGCCAAAUGACAGGCCCGACUGUGUGAGACUGAAGUCAUGCAACUCCCAUCAUCCCUCACUCUCACAGUGACUCAAAUAUAUCACAUUAUAUUGAACCGACCAACAAGCUCUACCUCAAGAGGAGCUGCAACAGUGAAAGCCUUUCAGUAUGUGACCGUUACCCUAGAAAUAUUGUGUUGUAGUUCACAGAAAGAUGCAUUAUGGGACUUUGAGUUCCAAAGACAUUUGCCUGAAAAAUGCCUUUCUUUUUUUAAACCAUAAUUUAAAAACAUUUGAGCACUUCAAGAUGAUUCCAAUGGAUACAAUCCAAGAUGACAUUUUAAACCUCCAAAUUCUCUCAAUUCAAUUUUUUUUAUUACUUAUGAGGACAAUAUCUACAGCAUUGAACGAUCCUUUCCCAUGGAAGACGCGAUCCUUGAUCGAAUGUAACAGCUGAUAUCAGGACAGUCUCUGGAUCCCUGAAUCUAGACUCCAAUGAAAACAUGUCCGGGUCACAUUUAUGAAUACCAUUCAGUUUAUUACUUCUCCCUGAUAACGCAGUUAUUGAUAUGAAUGGGAAUAUUCUGGUUCCCACAGCCCAUUAUUGCAGUCAUGACAAUCAGCUUCUCCUCAAUAUCCUUUAUUUAUUAUUUCAUUGAGUCCAACUCUAAAGUCCAUAUACAUGUAGAUCUGAUCUGCUUGAUUUCAAAAAUCCUCUGUUAUUAAAUGACAUAUUUGAUCUGUAUCUUUAUAGCAUUCGACCGCUGCUGCAAUGUACAAAAGGUGUCGUUUCAGAUGUAAUAUAUGCACAACCAUGAUGGUUUAAUGCACUUAGAUUACUAACAUGCUUUAAUUUGCAGAUCUGUGCACAGUUAGACUUUUGUAAAUUUCACUGUCAUUUCAAAACAACAGAAUGUCUCAUUUUGUCCCAGUUUUAGCAACUGACAUGCACUUAUUUAACAGGAUAUAUUCACCUAGGCUAUAUUUAUUUGGGUUUAAAAUUAGUAGCUUGAAAAGAAAAAGUAAAUAUACUUGAACAGACUAUGUUGGACUGACACAUUAUUGGUUAGCCAUUGUUUUUUAUGUCGAAACUAACUAUAAAAUGAUAAACCUCACACACCCACUGUAACAUGGUAAAGCAUGUCAAGUCAGUGUAUAUUUAACCAUUAAUGCCACACUUGUGAGGUGAGCAGAAGCAUUUGAAUGCUUUAAUUCAUUUCAGUUUCAGUUCUCACCACCGACUCUAAGAUCUGCCCAAAAUGUGCCUCAUGUAUUGGAAAACCUUCAAACUAACUCACAAAACUGGUGGUUUUGCUUUUGACUAUUUUGGGCUGAACUCUGAACAUGUUUGAGUCUAAAUAAAUUUCUUGUGAAUCAAGUAAAAACACUGCUAUAAAGCUAUUGCUGUUGAAUAGAUGGCCAUUGACAAAUAUAUAUAUAUUAUAAUUAAGAGAGUAUAUUCAGUUUGCAAAUGGGUGUACAAACAUUGAUAUCAACUUUAAUCAUCAGCAAAGUCAAAAUGAAUCUUUAUAGCAGUUGCUCAAACCCUGUCUAACAGUUCUGACCUCGAGAGUUUCUGUUUCUCGUAAGGUUUAUUAUUGUUUUAUAAUUCAACCCUACUUGGUCUUAUUGAUUGUCAAAAAAAAAAACUAUUUAUUGUUUGAAAAGCAUGACCCCAUACAAACUGUUCUUUUAUAUGCUUUUAACACCGGCAGACAAUUGUUUUAAACAAAAUUGUGUAUGUAUUUUAAGAUGCCUAAAGUUUUUGAUUUCAAUCCGUCUGUGACUGGUUUAUAGGUGUUGUAAUGCCAUGUUGUGAUUCUCUGUUUUCAUCUGUCUGUGAGACGAUAAGAAAAGCUGUGCAUGAACUAGCUUAUAAAUUUUAUUAAAUUAUAUACUGAUGUGGAGAUUAAA